AUGCACACGCCUGGGCCGACCUCCCCAGCCAACUCAAAAACGCCGUCCCGAAAUUCAACAAUCUCAAAAGAUCCUCAAUUCCAAGCAUUCGCCGAUACCCCCGAGAUCAAAUAUCCUAUCACAUUCGGCAUCAAAGCCGCCGGAUCCGACAAUGCAGUUUUCGUCACAGUCAACAGCAAGAGCGGUGUUGCGGAAAUAGGCGACCACAAGAAAGCCUUGUUUACACUAUCCGCCUUACCCGAACAAUGGCAGGAGUUCUUCAAGCCAGUCCCAGCGAUGCCGUACCAGAGCUACUGGGGCAUGUUCGGCAUGAACAUCAAGCAGGAUGGAAUUGAGGUCUUGGGCGAUCAAUUGGCGUUCAACAAGUAUACACAUUUCUGGCGUCGAGCACUGGAGGUCCUGCAUGAUGCUCAGUGUGGAGAGAUGAGGGUGGAUUCGCAGGUGGAGCCGGAUGAAGAUCACAUUGUGGGGAGAUAUGUGUAUAUCGAUGCUCCUGUUUGGGGACGAUGCAAGGUUUUCUAUGAGGCGAGUGGAGAGGGGAAACAGCAGAUUGUGUUCUUACAUACGGCUGGGUCGGAUAGUCGUCAAUACCAUGGGGUUAUGAAUAAUCCUACGAUGCGGCAGAAAUGUAGCAUGGUUGCGUUCGAUCUUCCUGGUCAUGGCAGGAGCUUCCCUUCACAAUUACCUCCGGGAUCGCAUACCAACACUGAGGAUGCAUAUGUUGGAACUAUUGCUGCGAUGGUGAAGGCUUUGAAGUUGAACAAGCCUAUCAUCUGCGGUGCUUCGAUGGCUGGACAGGUGUGCCUCGCUGUUGCGAUCCGAGCUGAUGAGGUUGGUGCGGGAGGAACAAUCCCUCUGCAGGGGUCCGACUACCUGAAUAUGGAGAGACAAUUUCAUGACCGCUCUCCCAACGUCAACCAAUCUCUCUACAACCCAGAAUGGGUAUACGGCAUGAUGUGUCCCACAGCACCACUCAAAAACCGCCAACUCAUCUGGCAUCUUUAUUCCGCCCAAGCGUACGGUAUUUUCCAUGGCGAUCUCGACUUCUACUUCGGCGGAUGGGACGGUCGAUCUCGCGUUGGCAAAAUCGACACCAAGAAAUGCCCUGUCUUCAUGCUGACGGGUGAGUAUGACUGGAGUAACACACGAGCCAUGGCGCAGGCGACUUGUGAUAAGAUUCCUGGUGCGAAGCAUAAGGCCAUGCCGGAGUUGGGACAUUUCCCUGCUACGGAAAAUCCGGAUAAGUUUGUACCACAUCUGAUUGAGGCUAUUGAGCAUAUUCAGAAGACUAGGCAGGGUUGA